AUGGAGCAGUUGUCCGGGAAACAUUUCACCUCAAUGAACCAGUAUGCAGUGUGUGCGGCUGGCUUGAGUGUCCUGCUGGUGCUGCUUGGGCGCUUUUUGGCAAGGCCAGCACAGUCCUCGGACAGAUUGAAGGUGGAAGCUCUCUAUGUCUACCCUGUCAAAGGCAUCCGAGGAUGUUCUCUGGACAAGGCGAACAUUGGCCAAUUCGGCUUCGAGGGUGAUCGAACGUUUUGCCUGCAGAAAGUACAUCGAGAUGCCGACACCAAGAAGGUCAAAUUCGAGACCAUGUUCAUAGGAUACGACCUUCGACUUGCUUUGUUUCGGACUGCUCUUGAAGAUGUUGGCAAAGAGAGAAACGUCGUAGUGAUCUGGACCGGUGAUGGCAACACCUCAGCCAAGUUGUCAUGGACAGGCACAAAGAAUCAAAUCCGCUUUCCACUACGACCAGACCCGAAAGCACUUGAGCCUAUCGAGGUCAAUCUUCACGGAAGUCCGACCCUGGCUCUCGACAUGGGCGAAGAGUUUACCAAGUUUUUCUCUCGUUACCUUGGAUUCGAGGUCCGCCUGGCCUACAUUGGCCAGUAUUCAAGAGCUGUUCUCGGCUCCAUUGCGCCAAACAGCAAAGCUGCCCUAUCGAGAGCCUCACUGCCCACACGGAUACUUGCACAAGUACCGCUCAUCGGGCGGCCAGUUGAGAGAAUUGUCUUCAAUGACAUUGCGCAGUACCUUGUGGUAACAAAAGAGUCGAAUGACCAGGUUUCAUCCCGCCUAGCCGAAGGACAAGAAAUGGAUGUGACCAAGUUUCGACCCAAUCUAGUUGUCUCUGGCAGUUCUGAACCAUUUGCCGAAGACUUCUGGGCUGAACUCACCUUUAGCGGAGACAUCAAGAUGGCUUUGACCGCGAAUUGCUACCGCUGUCAGAGCAUCACAGUCGACUAUACCACCGGCAAAGCCUGCGAGGAUGAUCGAGGUCAGGUCUGGAAGAAACUCAACAAAGAUCGCAGAGUCGACACGGGAGCCAAGUACAGCCCUGUGUUCGGGAGAUAUGGCUUCUGCAGGGAUGCUGAUCGAGGACGCGAGAUCAAUGUCGGCACAGAGCUGCUGGUGACGAAGAAAAAUGCGAGUCGGACAAUCUUUGACUGGCCGAGUCUCGCCAAUUUUGGAACGUCGUAG